UUUUCUCAUCGAUUUUUGGCCUUUCGUGAUUUGUUUGGCAAAAACAACCCAAUAAAAUUAUGGGCAAAAUCCCUGUUUGACCCCUCAGUCCCUCACCUUCAAUCUCACCCACUUUUCCUCUUCACUCUCAGUAACCACUCUUCACCUGCAACGACACCCCUCGCCUAUAACUUCGCCAUAUCGCCAGAGUUCCUUAUCAGAAGUCAGAAACCCAAUAGACCGAGAGAGUGGUUGAUCAAUGGCGUCACAGUCAGAAGGUCAGGCAAAGAUAAUUGAUGGCAAAACCAUAGCACAGACUAUCCGAUCUGAAAUUGCUGAGGAAGUUCACCAUCUAUCUCAGAAAUAUGGCAAGGUCCCUGGACUGGCAGUAGUUAUUGUGGGGAGCAGGAAGGACUCCCAAAGCUAUGUCAGCAUGAAGCGAAAGGCAUGUGCUGAAGUUGGCAUUAAAUCUGUGGACAUAGAUCUCCCUGAGAAUGUGUCUCUAGAUGAUCUCAUAGCCAAAGUUCACGAAUUAAAUGUGAAUCCUGAUGUACAUGGCAUACUUGUUCAGCUUCCGUUGCCAAGGCAUAUUAAUGAAGAGAAAGUCUUAAGUGAAAUCAGCAUUGAGAAGGAUGUAGAUGGGUUUCAUCCUCUCAACAUCGGCAAGCUUGCAAUGAAAGGCAGAGAACCUUUAUUCCUCCCUUGCACUCCCAAGGGCUGUCUUGAACUUCUGUCGCGGAGUGGUAUAAGCAUAGCGGGAAAGAAGGCAGUGGUGGUGGGAAGAAGUAACAUAGUUGGAUUGCCAGUUUCAUUGCUGCUUUUGAAAGCCAAUGCUACUGUUACCAUAGUUCAUUCCAACACUUCUGAUCCCGAGACUAUCAUUCGUGAAGCGGAUAUUAUUAUUGCUGCAGUAGGACAGGCAAUGAUGAUCAAGGGUAGCUGGAUAAAACCAGGUGCUGCAAUCAUAGAUGUUGGCACAAAUGCUGUGGAUGACUCCAGCAAAAAGUCGGGUUAUAGAUUGGUCGGGGAUGUAGAUUUCCAAGAAGCAUGUAAGGUAGCUGGAUGGAUAACUCCAGUUCCUGGUGGAGUUGGUCCGAUGACUGUUGCAAUGCUUCUCAAGAACACAUUGGAUGGUGCUAAGCGUGUGAUUGCAGAGUAAAGAAGGACUAAAGGCAGCUGUUAAUCUGUUUUUAGUCCCCAUAAUAAGCUGUUGCUAAUUUCAGGAGACAAUUUUGCAAUGGAGUUUACAGGCUUUGAUGGACAAUCUUGUAGUUUUCAGUUUUUCACUGAUAUUGCAUGGUGUUAUGAAUACUUUGUAAACUAAAUCCUUUCUGAGUUUGAUUUCUUUCUUCCCAAAUUCCUUUUAGCUUUCUAUUGUUACUGUAAAAUUUUGUCAAAACUAAACUAAAUUUGUAUUUGUGCCAAAGAUAGUAAAGAGUAAAUCGUUAUAAUGAUGC